AUGGCGGCCGAGCCGACGGCGGGAGGUGGUGGUGGCGCCCCCAUGCUCAGUGCUCGGUCCGCCCCGCUGCCCAGAUACGCCUUCGGGCUCCUGGAGACCCCGCGGAACGCGGUGGCGGGCGAGGGUGGCAGCUCGUCGAGUGGGCGGCCGGAGUCAGCCUUUGCCUCGGGCUCGGGGGCGGCCGGCGGCCUGCGAACGGCGAGCGGCUUCACCCCGAGCGGCAGCGGCAGCAGUAACAAGGCAGUGGGCAGAGAAUCGUACUUUGGUGAUAAGAGUUCAAAUGCAGGAAAUAGAAGCGAGUUUACAGCUGCCUCAGCUCAGAGCAGCUCCUCAUUCAAGGGCUUUGAUGAAACCAAAAUUCGGAAGUCUCCUGUGUCCACCACCAGCAGCAGCCACAAUACAAGACCAGCUUGCAAGCUUCGCACUCCACAAACUAGUCACUCAGUUCCUUCAUCUUCUGCAGUCUCCGUUCAUGUUGCCUCAGUAAUUGUAGCCGUGGUAGAGGGACGUGGGCUUGCCCGUGGUGAAAUAGGAAUGGCCAGCAUUGACCUGAAGAGUCCAGAACUAAUAUUAUCCCAGUUUUCAGACAACUCCACAUAUGCUAAGGUCAUUACCAAACUGCAGAUUUUAUCUCCUCUUGAAAUUAUAAUGCCAAGUACUACUUGUGAUAAAGGAAGUGGGACCAAACUCUUCACUCUUGUCACAGAGAACUUCAAAAAUGUCGUUCUCAGUACUGUUCAGAGGAAGUACUUUAAUGAAACAAAAGGGUUGGAGUACAUUGAACAGCUCUGCACACCUGAGUUCAGCACUGUGCUCAUGGAAGUUCAGAUGAAAUACUACAGUCUGGCAGCAGCUGCAGCCUUGCUGAAGUAUGUUGAGUUCAUACAGAAUACGGUUUAUGCUCCAAAAUCCCUGAAAGUUGUCUUCAAGGGGAGUGAACAAACUGCAAUGAUCGAUUCAGCCUCUGCUCAGCACCUUGAACUGACCAUUAACAACAGGGAUCCCAGAAAUAAUCACACACUUUUUGGAGUCCUGAAUUACACAAAGACAGCUGGAGGGAGUCGCAGGCUUCGUUCAAAUAUAUUGGAGCCUCUUGUUGAUGUGGAGACUAUUAACACGAGAUUGGACUGUGUCCAAGAAUUACUGGAGGAUGAGGACCUCUUCUUCAGCCUUCAAUCAGUGAUUUCACGGUUCUUGGACACUGACCAGCUCCUGUCUGUCUUGGUGCAAAUUCCAAAACAAGACACAAUACAGGCAGCUGGAUCAAAGAUUACAAACCUAAUUUACCUGAAACAUACAUUGGAAUUGGUGGAACCACUUCAGGAAAUUCUGAAAAACUGCAAGACCCCACUACUAAAGGCUUAUUGCAGUUCACUUGGAGACAGCAGAUUCAACCUUAUUCUGGAGGAAAUCAAGACUGUUAUUAAUGAUGAUACAAGAUACAUUAAAGGAUGCUUGAAUAUGAGGACACAGAAAUGCUAUGCGGUCAGGCCAAACAUCAACGAGUUCCUUGACAUUGCUCGGCGCACUUAUGCAGAGAUUGUUGAUGAUAUAGCAGGAAUGAUAGUGCAGCUGGGAGAGAAAUAUAGCCUGCCUCUGAAAACCAGCUUCAGUACUACUCGAGGAUUCUUUAUUCAGCUGAAUUGUGAGGGAAGUUCAUUCCCAAGUGGACAGCUCCCUUCUGAGUUCAUCAAGGUCACCGUUCUGAAGAAUACCUACAACUUCACCACUGCCGACCUAAUUAAAAUGAAUGAACGGUGCCAAGAAUCUUUGAGGGAAAUUUACCACAUGACUUAUCUGGUGGUUUGCAAACUCCUGGCCAAAAUCUACAAACACAUCCAUUGCCUGUAUAAGCUGUCUGAUGCAGUCUCUAUGUUGGACAUGUUACUAUCUUUUGCGCAUGUCUGCACACUUUCUGAUUACGUUCGUCCAGAGUUCACUGACACCGUGGCUAUAAAGCAAGGGCGCCAUCCGAUUCUUGAAAAGAUAUCAAUGGAGAAACCUGUUUCAAACAACACCUACAUCUCUGAAGAAAACAACUUCAUCAUCGUCACAGGGCCAAACAUGAGUGGAAAAUCUACCUACCUGAAACAGAUUGCUCUUUGCCAAAUUAUUGCCCAGAUUGGUUCCUUUGUUCCUGCUGAAUACGCUUCAUUCCGAAUAGCUGACCAGAUCUUCACCAGGAUAGGUGUAGAUGAUGACAUUGAAACCAACUCAUCAACUUUCAUGAAAGAGAUGAAAGAGAUAACAUACAUAAUGCACAAUGUUUCUGAUAAAUCUUUGAUAAUCAUUGAUGAACUGGGAAGAGGAACCAGUACAGAAGAAGGAAUUGGUAUUUGCCAUGCAGUCUGUGAAUUUCUGCUCAAUUUCAAGGCCUUCACACUGUUUGCCACUCACUUCCUGGAGAUUUGUCAGCUGGAUGCCCUGUAUCCCAAUGUGGAAAACAACCAUUUUGAGGUUCAGCACAACCGAAGCAGCACAGGAAACUACAAUAAAAUCAUUUACACAUAUGUCCUUGCUAAAGGCUGCACCGAGGAAAAAAACUAUGGUUUAAAAGCUGCUGAGGUUUCAUCUCUUCCUCUGUCAAUUGUUCUUGAUGCCAAGGAUAUUGCAUCCCACAUCACCAAGCAAAUAUGGCGGAAACAGAGAAACACUGCUGAGUCUCUACAACAGAGAGCUAUGCACCAUCUAGCUACUAGACUUAUCCAGGCUGCAAGAAACUCCUGCCUGGACCCAGAUCGCUUGCGGAUGUAUCUAAUAGGCCUGAAGAAAAGGCAUGAGGCAGAGUGUCUUACUGCCAGACAGUCUCCACAAGCCAAUAGUUCGCACUGAAUACCA